UUUUGUUACUGUCGCAUUUCUUGGAUAUGUUAGAUGAUAAAUAUUCGAUCCAAACAAAGAAAAAUUGAACUGAACGUUCAAAAGGGUAACUAUAUGAAAAAGAAAAUCUCGACAACUCCUUGAUGUCUGCGAUUUCUGCAUCGUGACCCUUGUUAUAUUACCAUAUUUCACCCAUAAAAUCCCCCAAAAAUCCAGCUGUGGCCAUUCCCAGCUGUGUCUUGACACUCAGUGAUACAUGCUUCAUGGAGUACGUGAUAAUAUCUUGUUAAAGUCAUGCCGUCUGUAAAUCUGCUCUCGCGUGCUCUCACCUCCAGACAGGGUUUUGCUGUUUAAAAAAACAUUUUUUAAAAAAAAUCCCUCCUGUUCAAAAACUUUCUUCCCCCAGAAAAUUGAGAUUUUAAGCUGUCCAAUGAUGUAUCACACAUACAUAUCGGACAAUUUUGAAAGUUAGCUAAAUUGGGGGUCUCAGAGCGGAACUUCAAGUCACCUGAGUGUUUUUCGCCACAUAUACUUAAUUUGGGAAGCUGUUACCAAUUUGGCAUAUUAUAUAUGAAGCAAUCAAAGGAACUGGUGGACAAGCUGUUACCAAUUUGGCAUAUUAUAUAUGAAGCAAUCAAAGGAACUGGUGGACAAUGAAAAAAUAAAAGAGCUGCAGCAUGAUUACAACAGCAAAUGGUGAUGAGCCUGCGGGUGUCUGAGCUCCAGGUGUUGCUGGGCUAUGCUGGGCGCAACAAGCACGGACGGAAGCAUGAGCUUCUAACCAAGGCGCUGCAUCUACUAAAGGCAGGCUGUAGCCCCGCCGUGCAUAUGAAGAUCAAAGAGCUGUAUCGCAGACGCUUUCCUGCAAAAAUGGUGUCUCACUCCGAGCUCUCCCUGCCCGGACCACAUCACCCAGCCACAGCGGGGAUGGUUGGAGGAGGUGGAGCUGCUUUGCCCGCUGGCCUGACGCAGUUGGCGUACGAGGGUCACGCCGGUCACAGUGGAGCACCGUCACCUGCUGCCUUAAUACCCCUCUCGCUGCUCGGCCCGGGGAAACACGAGCUUACUGGGUUGACGCACCACCUGUCCGCCGCUGUCCCACUGCACCCCGUCCACCCAGAUGUGAAGCUCCAGAGGUUGCCAUUUUAUGACAUGUUGGAUGAGCUCAUCAAGCCAACCAGUCUAGCUUCUGACAACAGCCAGAGGUUUCAGGAGACGUGUUUUGCCUUUGCAUUAACGCCACAGCAAGUCCAGCAGAUCAGCAGUUCAAUGGACAUCUCGGUGACCAAAUGCGAUUUCUCAGUUCAAGUCCAGUUGCGCUUUUGCCUGUCUGAGACGAGCUGUCCUCAGGAAGAUCAUUUUCCACCCAGUUUGUGUGUGAAAGUAAACGGCAAGCCAUGUAACCUGCCGGGUUAUCUUCCACCAACCAAAAACGGUGUCGAGCCGAAGCGGCCCAGCCGACCCAUCAACAUUACCUCACUGGUCCGAUUGUCCACCACAGUACCGAAUACCAUUGUGGUGUCCUGGACUGCGGAGAUUGGAAGGAAUUAUUCGAUGGCAGUAUACUUAGUGAAGCAGCAGACAUCCACAGUGCUGUUACAGAGGCUUCGGGCUAAAGGCAUAAGGAACCCAGACCACUCCAGAGCACUCAUCAAAGAGAAGCUAACAGCAGACCCAGACAGUGAAAUAGCCACAACUAGCCUUCGUGUGUCCUUGCUCUGCCCACUCGGAAAGAUGCGAUUGACGAUUCCAUGCCGGGCGCUGACGUGCUCCCACCUGCAGUGCUUUGACGCCACACUUUAUAUUCAAAUGAAUGAGAAGAAGCCCACCUGGGUAUGUCCUGUCUGUGACAAGAAGGCCCCUUAUGAACACCUCAUCAUUGACGGGCUUUUUGUGGAGAUCCUCAACAGCUGUAUGGACUGUGAUGAGAUCCAAUUCAAGGAAGAUGGAAACUGGGCUCCCAUGAGGACAAAAAAGGAGGUGCAGGAAGUCUCAUGUGCUGCUUUAAACAGCAGCAUGAACGGUCCGUGUCCGACAUUGAGCUCAGAUCAACAGAACUCCAUGUCUGCCAAUCACAGCAGCAGCAGAAGUGACAGCAGCAACAGCAAGAAAAUGGCAGUGAUUGAUUUGACAUUAGACAGCUCCUCGGAAGACGAAGCCCAGGACUCUCCGCCGCCACCGCUGCCGCCACCACCCCUGCCCCCUUUGCCUCCUCCAGCCAAACGAUCCUGUCCCUCCAUUUCCCCGACAUCACCGUCCGCCCUCAACAAAGGGGUGUUGAACCUGCACCACCAAUCCUCCCCGGUGAGUCGUGCUUCCAGUAUGCCAGCUGUGGAUACUAGCUACAUGCCUCCUGUACCCCCACUGAUCCAGGACUAUAGACCCUAUUACCACACUCCCAAUGACCUUCCAGAUGACAAACAUUAUGGUUGGGCAACAUCGCAAACUCCAGAUUUGAAUUUCUUCUCCUUCCUGCAAGGUGACAAUCAUCAGCAUUACAACAUGGUGAUGGCGGCUGCGGCGGCCGCCUCCUCCUCAGAAGACCACGAGCUUCUGCUCAACCGCUUCCUGCCCUACGGCACGUCCGGCUCCUCGGCCUCUUCGCAGCUGUUCCUCGACCAACCGGGAGCCAACUCGGCAUCUUUACUGACCGUGCCGAGCAACGGGGCCGGCGGCUCUGGCGGCAGUAGCGGUGGCCUGGCGUCGUCCGGCGGCCUCCGGGACACUCAUUCCUUAUCUUCGCACUCGCACGGCGGGGUGCUGGCUGGCCGGGGUGGCGCGGAAGCAGCAGUGGCAGCUAUUUACGGAGGAAUUCCUGACGUUAUAUCGUUGGACUGACCCACAAAGUGUCAGACUGGAUCCAACAAUGAAUUUCACUGCAGGGUAGAGAACUGACUCUCAAAUUAGACGCAAAUCUUGUGACUCCUUGGUGGAGUUGGAGUGCAAAAGGAGGUCCUGGCAGGACUUGACAGCAGUGUCGGCCUAAGCAGUAGUGAAGGUCAGGUGAGCACAUUGUUUAGGACUUCUUCAGUUGGCUCACCUUCUGGCUUUACUGCUCCCAGCCUGGCACAAAAAGCAAAAACAAUAAAGAGGACAGCUCUUUUUUUUAUAAACACGAGGAGGUCCAACGUGUACAGAGAACAAAGUCUAUUUUCUUCGUUGACUUUUGUAUGGUCAUUGGGGACACGGCCAGGCUAGUGAGCUGCUUCAACUGCUGUUUUUGGCCACGUCAUACGUAAUUUGUAGUGCAUACAUAAUGUAAGGUUCUUGCCUUGCGUAACUUGUUUAGCGAUAUACUGGUUUCAGUCCUCAUUGGAUCUCUUCCCCGUAAAUCUCCCGCAGUCCUUCUGUUCUCGCUUCUGUUCAUCAAUACUUCUUUUACGCAAUUUGCAUUCCUUUACAUGUUCAGGUUACGCUGGUUGUGUGUUAGGAGGAGUGCAGGUGGAGCAGCCAUAUUCCAGAUCUGGUUUCUCAUUUUUACUCCUUUUGAAGACAACAUACAACAUUUAGACUGUUUUUGGAGCUUCACCUUAUUUAUACAUGUAAAUCAUGAAGUGGAAGGAUUUUAAAAAGAUUUUUACUUUUUUUUUUUUUUCCCAUGAAUGCCAAAAAUGACAAGGUACCUUGAAGGUGAUUGUAGUGCAUUUCAGCACUUAAAACGUCAGUCCCAGUGUGUCUUUCUUUGGGCACUUCAACUAUAUUCUUGACAAUUCACUCGACCUUUCACAAUAGAUGAACAAUGGAGUUGAUAAAACCGCAGCCUGUCUUAUCUCAAUGGCUCCCAUUGACUGUCAUAGACAUCCAAUUCAUUUGGACUGGGUGGUCUUGUAGUUUGUCACUCUCUGCCUUCCCAUUUAAAAUGGAUUGGACGUCUAUUACCGCCAGGGGUAGCCGACAAGUUUAAAUCCAGUCAGUUGAGUGGCUGAAAACGGCUUAACCGUUUUUUGCUAACCUGGUUAAACUUACUGUUCAUUUUCCAACUUGUGUGUACGUAUAGUGUUCUCGUCUCAGUGUAACAACUGAAGACCAAACAUCACACAAAACUCUUCUGAAAAUGAAGAGAUAAGUCGUAGACUUUACUGGCUUCUUCACAGUGACAAAGAGUGAAAAUUGGAAAUAAGGAAAAUAAAGGAAAUCCAGUAAGCACAAAAUUCCCAUCUAUCCCCAAAAGUAACAACAUUGUCUUAGCUGAAGAACUUAGCUGCACUUCUGAUUCUGCCAAAAAAUGACAUAAUAACAAAAUGUAAACUGAUGAACAAAUAAUGUCCUCUAAAAGAUCCAUUUCAAUAAUUACGGCAUUGCAAGGCCUUGUUUUCUAUUUCCAGCCUCUAUGUGCCAAAACAGGAAAACGCUGCAUAAAACAGAGGACAUGAUGUCACUGUCGUUCAAAAUACACUACCAAAACAGAAAGUCUUAUUAAAACUAAAUCGCUGAACCCAAAAAUACAUUUUUAUUAAAACUAAGAUUUUUUAUUUAGACAUCUCCGUACGGAUUACAUAAAAUUUCCCUGAACGUUCUAAACUCCUCUGGUAUCAGGCAGACGAAUGCUGCCCAGAGGCAUUAGUGUCAAGUAUGGCGACAAACUUGUUGAAAGUGACUCAACAUUGCCUCUGCUGUCUGCAGCCAAGUAAACUAAAAUUUCUCACCCCCACCCCAAAUAUACGCUGCUCAAAAAAUAAAGGGAACACUAACGUAACACGUUUUAGAUCUGAAUGAAUUAAAUAUUAUUAUUAAAUGCUUUGUUUUUUCCAAAGUUGAAUGUGCUGACAACCAAGUCACACUAAAAUUAUCAAUGAAAAUAUAAUGUAUCAACCCAUGGUGCACUGCUAUAGCCCUACAAAAUGACAUCCAGCAGACCACUGAUGUGAAUGUUUCUAACCAAACAAUCAGAAACUGGCUUCAUGAGGUUGGCCUGAGGGCCUGACACCCUGUAGUGAGCCCCCGUGCUCACUGCCAAUCACCGUAGAGCUUGACUGACAUUUGCCAUUGAUGACCAAAAUUUGCAACUAUACCACUGCCGCUGUGCUCUUCAAUGACUGAUCUUCACUGAUGAAAGCAGGCUCAACCUGAGAACAUGCGACGACCUGAAAGGGUCCUGAGAUGCCGUGGAGAACUUUAUGCUGUCUGCAACAUCAUUCAGCAUGACUGGUGUGGUGGUGGAUCAGUGAAGGUCAGGGGAGGCAUAUUCCUGGAAGGACACGCAUACCUCUACAGGUUAGAUAAUGGCACCCUGACUGUUAUUAGUUAUCGGGAUGAAAUCCUUGGACCCAUUGUCAUAAGCUCCACUUGUGCAGUGGGACCUGGGUUACUCAUGGUCCAUGACAAUGCCUAACCUUAUGUGGCUGGAGUAUGCAAGCGGUUCCUGAAGGAAGAAGGAAUCGAUAACAUUGACUGGCCCCCAUGUUCACCUGACCAAAUCCAAUAGAACACCUCUGGGACAUUACGUUUAUGUCCAUCUGGCAGAGCCAGGUUGCUCCUCAGAUUGUCCAGGACCUCAGUCAUGCCCUGGUCCAGACCUGGAGGGAGAUCCCUCCGGAGAACAUCCGCCACCUCAUCAGGAGCAUGCCCAGGCGUUGUAGGGAGGUCAUACAGGCACACGGAUGCCACACGCACUACUGAGCCUCAUCUUGGCUUGUUUAAAGCACAUUACAUAAAAGUUGGAUCAGCCUGUAGUGUUUUUCCACUUUCAUUUUUAGUAUAAUUCUAAAGACCUUCAUGGGCUGAUAUAUUUGACUUUCAUUGAUAAUUUUUGUGUGAUUUUGUUGUCAGCACAUUCAUCAUCUGAAAGAACAAAGUAUUUGAUAAAAGUAUUUCAUUUAUUCAUAUCUACAGUGUGUUACUUUAGUCCUUAGAGUCCUUUGAGCAGUGUAUAUCACGUCAUCAAAAUAUCAACUAAUUAAGGGACAGACAUUACCUAGUAUAAAUGACGUGAAAGACGGUUGCUCAAAAAGCAUUUUGGUAAGCAAAUCAUGCAUUUCUUAGACCUCUCAUAAUGGAGAAAAUCUUUUAAAGGUGCUAUGAAAUACAACAGCAAGUGACUUUAAAAUGAUAGCAGACCAUAAUUUGGACACAAAUCCAUUCAGAAAAGUGACAGAAAAAGCUUAAUACUUAAAUUAGAUCCUAAUUGGUCUUUUCUGUCUCAGCUGCCUUGCCCCCACCCACUAAAAAGUCUCCAGACAGAAGAUGAUGUCACACCUAGAAUGCAGAUUUUUGCAAUCUGCUAGCAUGCUAUCCAAAGGCUUUCUCUUCUCUUGUUGCUAGCUAGAGCAGCACUAGAAAGUGAAACAUGAUCAGCAAUUCUGGUUGUGAUGUCACAAGCAGAAUUUCUGAAAAAAGGGGGGCUUUCCCUAAUGCAUUGUUUUGGGUGAAUUAACUAUAAAAUUGUUUAAAACAUUUUUUUUUGAGUGCCAAAGGUUUGAGUGCCAAAUUCGUUUUCUACAUGUAAAAUUACAUUUGUGCAAUAUUUUUCGUUUUUUGUCAUGGUCACCAUUUCAUAGCACUUUUAAUAAAAAAAACAAUUCGCAGCCAUGGCUUUUGAUGAAUGUGAUGUCAGUCAUACGCAGGCGCGGACCAUUUUUUAACAUUAAUAUUCUUAAAAGGUAUAAAGUAGCAAAAAAUCAAUAGGCACACACUCCUAGUAGUAGUUACUAAGGGUGUAAUCGGACACUAAAACAUUUUCGGUUCAGUUUAUUAAACUUCCCGGCUCAAUGAAUUUUCAGUACAAAAAAAGCAGACAAUUCUUAAAACGCUUAUAUAACAAUAGAAAUUGUAUAAUUAAAUUAACCAAUUUGUGAGAAGUUUAAAAAAAAUUAGACUGAGUUUUGAAAAUGCAAUAGUUGACAAAAGAUAUUAUUAAAAUAACAAUUAACUGUUUCAGCACACACUGAAGAUAAUAGACAUGUUGUUCAAUACUGGUUCUGUGUACCAACUGUUCAAUACGCACGUGACUUGUUACUACCAUAAAUUUCGGACUAUAAGGUGCACCUGACUAUAAGCCGCAGCUGUCCUUACUGUCUAAUGGGAUAUUUACACCAAAAGAUAUUAACCGAUAACACUUUAUUUGACAGUGGCAACAUAAGACUGUCAUAAGAUCAAAUGAACCACCGUGAAGCUUUGAACCAAUUGGCUGCAAAGCUUAAUUGCUUCAAGAAGCUUAAUUUGGCCAUUACUUGGAAUGAGAUAGUCAACCUCUGCAUCCACCUGCUGUCAACACUGUCGUCGUCCAUCAUGCCUCCUAGCAUGCAUUGCAGCACUACUGAUAUAACUAACAAUCAAAAUUCAUGUUUUGCGCUAGUUAUUUCUUCAGUUAGUGUUCCAGAACUUCCAGUUGUUUCAUUAGUUGCUUGUUAUGGUAUUUAGUAACACUUUAUUUGACAGUGGUGCCAUUGGACUGUCAUAAGACCAUCAUAAUUAUGACAUGACACUUCCAUGAGCAUUAAUGAAUGCUCAUGACGGAUGUAAUUUUGUAUCAUACGGUAAAUCAUCUCACUUUUGAACGGAUGUAGAACAUCUGAGCUGACAUCUGUCAUAAAAAUCCAUUAAUGCCCAUGAUAGUGUCAUGCCAUAAUUAUUACGUUCUUAUGGCAGUGUUGUGACACCGCUCUCAAAUAAAGUGUUGCCUAUUAACCCAAAUAAAUCAACAAAUAAGCCGCACUGGACUAUAAACUGCAGGAUUCAAUAUGAGGGAAAAAAGUAGUGUCUUAUAGUCCGAAAAUUACAGUGUUUAGUUACUGUACCUGUUCAAUCUGUCAAUGUUUUCCUCUUUUCCCAUCUGACACACAGACGUAGCCCGUUUCGCCUGUUGGGUCCCAUUCUUCGUCCAACCAUUUCCUGAAUAAACCUUAGUCCAUCAACCUCUUGUUUGUACACAAGGGUGUAGUUUUGCAUAGGGACAGUACAAGGGUCGCGUUAACCGAAUAUUUUCCGUCGUUGACCGUUUUUUUAAAACGGUGACCGAAAAAACUGAAGUCCAUCCGUCAUUUUGACAGGUUGCAAUUCACACCCCAGACCACAGGAUGGCGAGUGAGCAUAUUAAUAAGCUAUUGUCUCUCGAUGCAUGACGUCGCUGGCCUUACUCGGAAAAAUGUCCGAACUAGCAUUCAGGUGUAGCAAACACGGAAACGUUAGGAAGCUUUGGAGAGCAUUGUCUAAGGCUACGUUCAUUCUACAGGUCUUAAUGCACGAAUCCAAUUUUUUCGUGUUUUUCCGACUCGAGUCAGGCAUUAACUUGACGGUCUGAACGGGACAAGUCGCAUAGAAGUGGACCAUUUCAAAUCCGAUCUGGGUCAUUUUUUUAUGUGGUUCAAAUCCGAUCUGGGCCACGUUUUUCCCGACCUUUCGCGGCGGUCUGUACCGUCCAGUGUCCCGGGCUUGACAACAGUCAUAAAAAAAUAAAAAUGGGUUCAGGAUAAGCAUGAGAAGGAUCGGUUUUCUCUCUGCUCUAUGUGAGCUAUAUUUCAACAUUUCCUACACGGCCGAGAGUCGGGAGAGGGGUCUGGCUGCAGCCCGUCUUGGAGAGUCAGGGCAAACUGCCCGUAUGUGUGUGUGACAUGCACGGACAGUGCGUGCAUGCUAUCGAUCCAUAUAAACUGUGAAUAUAAGCCUAAACGAGGAUUAUUUAUGUCUGUUAUUUGUGUCCUCCUUUUGAAAAGCAAAAUAUGAUAGCCCUGGAAUGACGGAUGACUUGUCAUUUGUUUUGAUGCUUCUGCGCACCGGCGCGUGUCGGACUGCGAAUUGGAGCGCAUGCGUAAUACUUGAAUGGUCUCAAUGGACAAAGGCAGUCUGAACGGGCACGCCCAAAAAACGGAUAUGACAAAAAAAUCGGAUUUGUGCAUUAAGACCUGUAGUAUGAACGUAGCCUAAUUGAAUGAGCAGGGACAAACAGCUUGGAGUCAGAAGUACGCGCACCCCGAGUCUUGGAUGACAAAUCAACAGAGCAGAGAAUAGACACAACAUGGCUGGUAGUUUCUUCAAUUUAUUCAGAGUUGAGUAAGUAACGCACCACUUUUGACCAACACUGCUAUUGAAUAUGUCAUUAUUAUCAUUUUAAAAAUUUAAGUGACGGGUAAAAAUACAUUAUGACCGGAUUUUUAUGACCCUGUCAGUCAAAAUGGCAGACAACGAAAAAGUCUAGCGCAACCUCUGGGACAGUAGGGACAAAACACUACCAACUUUUCAGGAUGCUCAAAUUGUCCUCACCAAUUUUUGAGCAACCAUAUUUGCAUUUUUUAAUGUGUUAAGUUAUAUAGGUCAUUUAGAUUGUCUUCCCAUAUGUUGUAACGAUAGAAUUCACGCUACCUUUAUUAAGUGAAUUAUUUUCAUUUUGUUCAGACUUACAUUUACCCCUUUUUCAUUUGCUGAAUGUGCCUCAAACGCACGUUUGAUUGGCUGAUGACUUGAUAAACUAAACAGACUUAUUCUAAGCUAAAAGUUUGUAUAUUUAAUCUUAAGACUUCUUUGUCGGAAAUGUUUUAAUUCAAGAUAUUGUUCAAAACAUUGAAAGAUUUUUUUUUUUAGGUGAGAAAUGACCAACUUUUGGAUGUAUGGGUUUAAGAGGAACAAAUGGUAAUAUUUACUAAAAAUAAGUGGAAGAAUCUGACACAUUAAUCUGUUAACUAGCCAUAAAAAUUAAAAGAAGAUGAAGAAAAUUAUUUCACUAGAUUUUAGAAAAAUUAUCAGAUUAAGAUUAUAGAUUAUCAAAUCAGAUUAUACUCUAAAUUUGCCAUGUGAAAGUUAGUAUAAGUCAAUACAGAUUUAUUUUGCAUUAAUCAUUUAUCCUAUCAAUUAAUUAGGUUCUUAUUGGUGAGAACUGUAGCCCUGACCGCCGUUCACCCAAUCUGUUUGGUUUUAUUAAUUUCCCAUCCCGAACAGAAAGUAUACAAGCAGGUUAUGCCGCUAUGUCGUCCCUACUAAUAAUGAGACCAAACCUACACCCUUGUUUGUACAGCCAAAAGCCUCUACUGUGGCAUACUGACACCGGAUACCUAUUUUCUUCCUGUUGUUUUUCGAGUAAAAUCCGUGAACCAAAUUAUUAUUGAAGUAAUUACUCAUGUAUAGUGUUAACUUGUAGUAGCCGUAUGGGACAACGGGUAUGACUGAGAUCACGAGGAAGGGCAGGCAAUCUGUGAUACUCCCAUUUGAUUGGCUAAAACAGUACUGGCAUUUAAAAAUAUCUAUUACCGGCUAUUUCAUACACUUUAGAGAAGUAGUGGCUUUUUUUCUUUACAGAUAAGAACAUUUUAAUUAUGUGUUUUUUUUUUCAAUUUAUUGAACAAUAUUCUUUCCUCUGGUAUGCACAUGAUGAACGUGUUGACUUUCCCCUUUAAGCCUGAGAACUGCAGUCAUAGCCAUGACGAUAGACCAAAUUUUACCCGUGUGUUCUCGAGGGUUAAAGCAUUUGUUUUUAAGCCUGUCCUUACAAUUAAAUUUUGUGACCUCCAACCCUCUGUUCUCUAAAGAACUUAUGAUUGCUCGCCAACCAAUCCUGGAAAUGUGCGACUCUUGGACUUUGCUGUUCAAAAGGUCCACUUAGCAAUGCCUGGUUGGUACAGAUAGGCAGGAAAGCUAGUUAGUGUGUGAAAGUGAAGCUUCCUCACAAGUUCUCCUCAAUGUUCACUGUCAGUCCCCUCUGAGUAGCUCAAAUCAAGUCUGAGGUAUUUGCCAGCAUUUUUGCUAUUUACAGUAUGUGGAUGAAUUAUACAAGGAAUGUCUGUGGAGAUUGUCCAUUCUUGUUUGCUUUCAAGUCUAUAGAAGAGCUUUCAGAACAAAUAAUUCACUUUGCCUUCUCUCCAUUGUUAUGCGAAAGUAACUUAAGAGGCCCACAUCAAAUAAAUAGGUCCCUUUUUAAAAAUCAAGUUUUUUUUGCCUAGCGCUUAAUGACAAUGACAUUUUAAAGUGUAAAAACAAUAUGGAUGACGUCAACUAGUGUAUUUCUUGACUGUUCAACAAAAAGAACAAUUUCCUUUUUCUGUUGGAGUUUUG